GACAUCGCUUUCACAACAGCAAGCAACACAAUGGCUGCAAGAACUCUGCGCAUAGGUCUUAUUCCUGGUGACGGGAUCGGGAAGGAGGUGAUCCCCGCUGGUCGACGCAUCCUCGAGGCGCUCCCCUCCUCGCUCAACCUCAAAUUCGAAUUCGUGGACCUCAAAGCCGGCUUUGAAACAUUCGAGCAGACCGGCACAGCUCUGCCAGAUAAGACCGUUGAGGUCCUCAAGAACGAGUGCGAUGGGGCUCUUUUUGGCGCCGUCAGUUCCCCCUCCAAGGCCGUCAAGGGCUAUUCUUCCCCGAUUGUCGCCUUGCGCAAACGCCUGGAUCUCUACGCCAAUGUGAGACCUGUCAAGAGCGUUGCGACAGCUCAGAACCCAAUUGAUAUGGUUAUCGUGCGAGAGAACACAGAGGACCUAUACGUGAAGGAAGAGAAGACCUAUGAUAGUGCGGAUGGCAGUGGGAAGAUCGCGGAGGCUAUCAAGAGGAUUUCCGAGAAAGCUUCCUUCCGUAUUGCUACAAUGGCUGGUGAAAUCGCUUUGCGACGACAGAAGACCAGAGAGAUGGGGCUUCCGAGCAUACACAAGUCACCACUCGUCACAAUUACACACAAGUCGAACGUCCUCAGUCAGACGGAUGGCCUCUUCCGAUCUACCGCCAGGGAAGCCUUGGCUGCUCCCAAGUUCUCGAGCGUAGGUGUGGAGGAGCAGAUCGUUGAUUCCAUGGUCUACAAGCUCUUCCGUCAACCAGAGACCUACGACGUGAUUGUGGCUCCCAACUUGUACGGAGACAUCCUGUCAGAUGGAGCUGCUGCCUUGGUUGGGUCUCUUGGUCUUGUGCCAAGUGCCAACGUUGGUGAAGGUUUCGCGAUCGGAGAGCCAUGCCAUGGAAGUGCACCCGAUAUCAUGGGCAAAAACAUUGCAAACCCAAUUGCGACUCUGAGGAGUGUAGCCUUGAUGUUGGAGUUCCUGAAUGAGGAAGCCGCUGCCGCUAAGAUCUAUGCUGCCGUUGAUGCUAACCUUGUGGAGGGCAAGUUCCUGAGCCCGGAUUUGGGAGGAAAGGCCACCACAACUGAGGUUGUUGAAGAUAUCCUGAGACGUCUGUAG